AUGGCCGAAGUUAUCAGCGUGUCCAAGGCAGACCUGACGGCUGUCCCUGUCCCUGUCACUGCGCCUGUACCAGUGCCAGCACCUGAGAAAUCAGAGACAGCAGAGAAACCUCGGCCUGUCCGGACUGCUCGACCUCCUAGACCCAAUUACAGGCACAUUCAUCGCUUUCCUCUUCCAGUCAAUGUCUAUCAUGUUCCUUCAGUAAUUCCUCAUAACCCUCUUUCCAUCAUUAGUGUUGCCCUCUCGUACCUCACCUUCCUUAUCUACCCUCCACGUCAAGAGAUCUAUACCGCAUACUUCGACUCUGCUACCUCGUCCGUUCAUGUCACCGAUGAGAAGACGAUUAGAGCCUUGUGGGAGAUGGGGUUCUUCGGUAAAGGUAGUCUGAGUCGAAGUGAGCCCAAUUGGCUGGAGCAGGAGAAAAAGAGGAAGGGGUUGAUGGGUGGUAAUACUGUCGAGGAGGCUACACGGAAGCGCCGUGCUGAACGUCGCCAAUUGAAGCUGGAGCGAGCCAGACAUGAGAAGUUGGCCGUCGAAGAGAGACUCAAGGCCGAGGCUGCUGCUCGUGAAUCUGGUUCCGUUGACGGUUUAUCCAUCGAUGGUGCUGCUGAGGCUGCAGCUGUCCCUGUGGAGAGGUUCUCUGUCAAGAGGGCCAUGGAAGCCCGGUACCUCGAGAGACGACAACAGGCAAUUCAGAACAAGAAUCAUUCUGAAUCGACAGGUUCAUUGCAAACAGCAAACGGCUCAGGCCCAGUCUCUCCUAUCGUCAAGAAGAAAGAGACCGUUUCCAACUCCACCGCCACACUCCAAGGCAUCGAAGACGACCUGGAUCUCGAUGCGCUCGAAAACGAAGAACAUCUACAAUUAUCCACCGAGGAGGCCUUCUUCCUGGUUUAUGGCCUCGGUGCCCUGCGAGUUGUCGACCACAACAAUAAUGCCACCAUCCCGACCUCAUCCCUUUUCUCCCUUCUCCGUCACCAUUCCUACUAUCCUCCCCGUUCCGACUCUUCUCAGCUGGACGCCGAUGACCCCUUCAUGAUUUCAUACUCGGUGUACCACCACUUCCGUUCUCUCGGCUGGGUUGUGCGUUCUGGAGUGAAAUUCGGAACAGACUAUCUCCUCUACAACCGCGGGCCGGUUUUCUCCCACGCCGAGUUUGCUGUUAUUAUCAUUCCCUCCUACAGUGAUCCAUAUUGGUCCGAGACCGAGGAACGCAGGGAGUACGCAGCCAGCAAGCAAGCCCGGAGCUGGUGGUGGCUGCAUUGCGUCAAUCGUGUCCAAGCUCAAGUGAAGAAGAGCUUGGUGAUCUGUUAUGUGGAAGUCCCUCCUCCCGUAGACUGCUCGGAGGAUAUCGCGGCUGAGUUCGGUCGCUACCGAGUCCGUGAAUUCAUGCUCCGACGAUGGGUACCAAAUCGCACUCGGGAUUGA